GAGGGUGUACGCACCUACUGGCGUUUUGCUUUGAGUACGGAGAUGAAUGGAUGUUAUUUCUCUUAUCUCGUGCUUGCAUCAAUUGCUUGGCGGGAGGGGUCUGGGCUUGUCCUGUCCGAUUCAUUCCUCAGGCGCUUCUGUAGGGGCGGUCCCUGUGCGGGUGGUCCUACGGCCCUCCAACACGAAGCGGCCGCGGCGCCCUCUUCGGCCCUCGCGGCGCCCCGGCCAUGGCGGCCAUGGCGCCUCGCCCCGACAACCCUCGGAGGGGUGCCCAGCCGGCGGCGGGCCCCUCGUGGACCCUGGCCUGUUGGACGGCGUGCUGGAGUGCCUGGGCCCGCGGGACCUCGCGAGGGCCGCGGCGGCGGGGGCGUUGCUGCACCGCGCCGCGGCAGGGGAGGGCGGCGUCGCGGAGCGGCAGCUGCGGCGCCUGAUCGCCAGCACGGUUGCCCUGUCGCGGUGGCGGCGGCCGAGCGGCGCGGAGCCGAGGCUGCCCACGCAGGAGCUCCAUCUGGCCCAGAGCGCCGUGAGGCACCUGCAGCGCAUCGCAGGCGUGUAUAGGCUGGGGUCCGCGGGGGAGGUGGCCCUGGAGGUGGCCCCCGACGGCUACUUCGUGAACUAUUCGGCGAACCAUCGCUUCGUGGGGCAGGCCACCGUCGCCAAGGUGGUGCGGGCACCCGAGGCAAUGGCGCAAGGGUACGCCGAGGGCCACCUGUACCUGCUGGACAGGUGGUACACCGAGUGCUGGGUGGAGGGUAGGCGUCUUGCCGCCACGGAGCUGCCCUUCGUGGACGAGGACUUCCGCUGCUUCUACAGGGAGUCAGAAGAGGGCACCUGCCCAGCCCUCCCCUCCCUCCUUCGCGUGCCCCCCCCCACCCUGGGCCACCAGUCCUCGAUUUGGAGUGGAGGUCGUAGGCGUCCUUAACGCCAUGCUGCUUGGCACAAGUGGGGCAUAGCCG